UUGGUUUGAGGCAUUAAUACCGUUAUAAUGUAUCCGUAACGGAUAUUCGGAUUCACGAUUGCGUUAGAACCCCUGUUGGUGAAACGAGACACGCUGUGACUUUAUUAAUGCCUUAUUUAGAAAGCAAUUUCUUGUAAAUGCAUCCUGAAUGGGAAGAGAAUCCUUACAUAACUCGAACGCCAGGAAGCCGUACAAUAGUGUUAAUGAUCAUUACCUUACCACAUAUAGCCUUUAUCAGCAAGGGAGCUCCGACCACAGCAGAGUCCCAAGUGUAGCUCUUGGCCGCUAACUGACACGACGGAGAUCGGACCAGCUUCUGUAUAGAACAUGAAUUCCGUUGUGGAACUUCUUGGAGACUCACUGGUAGACGGAAAUGGUCAGAAGGUUGACCCCGUGUCGCUGACCAAGGAAAGAACUGUGGUGGGUCUGUAUUUUGGGGCUCAGUGGUGCCCUCCCUGUCGACAGUUCACAAAACAACUUCUCGCAUUCUUCAACCACAUGGCCUCUUCAAAACAAGAUGUCGCCCUCCAGUUGGUAUAUCUCAGCUCGGAUGAAGAGAAAGAAGAUUUCGACGAAUACUUUUCGACCAUGCCGUGGCUAGCGGUGGACUUUGAACACAGAGAAGUAGAGGCCCGUGUGUCCAAACAUUUCAACAUCGUCGGCCUGCCGACCCUUAUCUUAAUAGAUGGAGCUACCGGCGACAUCAUCACGGAGCGAGGGACUUCAUUGAUUCGCGAAGAUCCGGAAGGGGAAAGGUUUCCUUGGCGGAACGACUCCGAGUAAAGACUUCGGAUAAACAGAUAUUUCUCUUUUGAAAAGCAAACAAACAAAUUUCUGUUAACGUUUUGUGUUGAUCUGUAUUCUUUACCUGUUCACUGUGAAAUUAUGUUGUUGCAAUCAAUGGUUUACAUGAUGUUUGAUUCUUGCAUAACAAGAGACUAGUAUAAAACAUAUCACGUGACACCAAGUGACAGAUUAAUAACUAUAAUAGUUUUCGAGAAGUCACCUUGAGAAUUUAAAUUGUGCAGGAACCAGUGAAAAUGCUUAAUGGUGUAAGAAACCGUGAAAAUGCUUAAUGGGGUAG